AUGGAAGAUUCGGCGCAGUUCGACCGGGCAUCAAUUGAGUCAAUCUGCGUUUAUUUCGAGGCCUGGGUGGAUGCGCAGGAACAGCGUGAUUCGCUUAACAAAUGUCGGAUGUGCAUAGUUAUUGAUGAAGAAUCACUGCAAAUGCUGCUGGGUACGUCGGCGGAGGCCUUGAAGAAGGAGGAUCCGUAUCAUCCAGACGAAACAUUGCGUGCCUUUGGCCCUGAGUGGGCUCUGCGGCUGCGUUGGCUGCGGCUCUUGCUACGCGAGGCAGCGGUGGCUUUCUUGUUCAAGGUUGGUCGUGCGCGCCGCUUCUACGUGGGCGCGUGGCUGGAGACGUCCAGGCCAUUUGGCUCGGGCUCGAGCUCCAUGGGUGUCGGGAUAUCUGUGGCUGCGACUGUUAUCCCAGACCAUGGGGUCUCAGGGUCUCAGGAUAGGCAUGUGGCCUUCUUCUGA